AUGCCACCGAAGCGAAGGAUGUCGGCAAGUGGCAAGGGUGCAAAACGUGCGAGGGCCGUGGAACCUCAGAAAAUAACACCACAGACAUCAAAUAUGUCUGUUUCGGAUGGUCAGGGUUCAGCCGCACUUGUCAAUCCUGCGGGGGCAACCAUAAGAAGUUUUCCUGCUGAACCAGCCAGCAUUAAACGCACAAUUCUAUUUAAAAUGGGUUACACUCCUCUAAAUACAGUUACCAUCAUCCAAGCACUUAACACCUACCCUCAGUCAACUGCAGCAGAAUUAAUAGAAGGUUUAACCAAGGGUUUUCCUCUCCAUCAUUCUGGCCCACGACAGCCAAGGGAUUCGCCCAAUUUAGCUAGUUCUAAGAAAGACCCUGCCAUGGUUUACGAAAAAAUUCAAAAAGAAAUUGAUAAGGGCCGGAUAGGGGGUCCUUUCAGGGUAAAACCUUUUCCCAACCUUCAAACUUCUCCAACAGGUUUAGUCCCAAAAAAAGAUGGGGACUAUAGGAUGAUACAUCAUCUCUCCUAUCCAGAGAAUAAGUCAAUUAAUACCUUUAUAGAUGGAAAUUUAUGCACCGUGUCAUACUCUACCAUAGAUGAAGCAGCGCAAAUGAUCUUUAAUUUAGGUCAAGGUUCCUUUCUAAGCAAAACAGAUAUUCAGUCUGCUUUUAGAUUAUUUCCAGUGUCACCAGCAGAUUUUGAAUUAUUAGGUUUCAAGUUCCCAGAAAGCCAAGAUUCAGACCAAUUUCUGUACUUUUAUGAUAAAGUGCUUCCCUUUGGCUCUUCAAUUAGUUGCGCAACAUGGGAGAAGUUUGCAUGUUUCUUGCAUUGGUCAGUACACAAAAAGUCCAAGAAUAAAUCUAUACUACAUUACCUUGAUGAUUUCCUUUUUGGGGAGUCCAGCAUGGGUCAAACCCCCGGACUCCAACUCUUUCAAGACAUUUGCAAGAUUUUUGGUGUACCACUUUCUGCAGAAAAAAAAACAGUUUUUCCUACAACCUGUCUCGUUUUCCUUGGGGUAGAGUUUGACACUAUCCAAAUGAUUAUGAGGCUGCCACAAGACAAACUUGCUAGGUUAAAAAACGAGAUUAUUAAGCUUAGUCAAAGGAAAAAGGUUACCUUAAGAGAAAUGCAAUCAUUACUUGGUCUCUUAAAUUUCGCAUGCAGAGUGAUCGCACCUGGCAGGGCAUUCUGCAGACGGCUUAUCAAUUCUACCAUCGGUUUAAAAAAAACAUACCACAAAACACGGGUUACUCAAUACAUGAAAGCUGAUCUUUCUCUUUGGCUGCAAUUCUUAGACCAGUACAAUGGGGUAACAGUCAUCUCUGACAGUCUAUGGGUAUCGACCAAAAGCUUACACUUAUACACUGACAGCGCGGGAGGUCCUAAGGCUGGUUUUGGUAUUUAUUUCGCUGGACACUGGGCCCAAGGCAACUGGCCAGAAAGUUUCUUUACUUCCGGUUUAACUCGGGACAUGACUUUUCUUGAGUUAUUCCCUGUUGUUGCUGCAAUUAUGACUUGGGCUGUUCAUUUGCAAAACAGAAGAGUUUUGUUCAGUGUUGAUAAUCAAGCUGUUGUUCAGGUUAUCAAUACACAGACUUGUAGGUCUGAAAAAGUAAUGAAUCCAGUCCGCCAUAUGGUUUUAACUGCUCUGAAGCAUAACAUGUCGAUAAAAACGCAAUACAUUCCAUCAAAGUCUAACACAAUAGCUGAUUCUCUUUCUCGUUCGCAGUGGAGCAAGUUCAGAACAACAGCACCAGAGGCCGAUCUGUGUCCUACCAAAAUCCCUCCCCAAGUCUGGCACAUGUGA